AUGUGGCUGGUGAUAGCUGUAGUAGUUGUGCUGUUAGCUCUUAUCUACUGGAAUGGAGUCAAAGACUUCUCCUUAUUGGCAGAGAUUCCUUUARACGGGCCCAAACCUUGGCCGUAUGUUGGUAACAUUCUCGAUGUGUUCAAAUAUGGAGGCCUGCACAAAACAUAUAUGGCUUACUUCAAGGAAUACGGCCGCGUUUACAAAAUGGCCAUCGGUAGGAAGCCAACUAUUGUCGUCAACGAUCCUGAAAUGGUCAAACAAAUCACUGUGAAAGAGUUCAGCAAAUUUCGAAACCGUACACUACCUAUACAGUUAAAUCCACCGCUAUCAUCUGGAGUAUUCUUUGCACGCGAUGCUACUUGGAAGAGAAUUCGCACGACUCUCAAUCCAACGUUUAGUGCUGCCAAACUGAGGCAAGUCGUGCCUCUUAUUGAGACGUCGUGUGAUAAGUUGGCCAAGAAAAUGCACAAGUUUGCAGAAACAGGUGAAAGCKUGAAUUGCACGAAGCUUUUCAGUCUGUUUGCAUUGGACGUCAUUAUGAAGGCAGCAUUUAGAUACGACGUAGACAUUCAAAACGAUGCCGAAGCAACUUUCAUAAAACGUGCAAAAGAAGCUUUAAAAACACCAAUCUGGAUUCGCUUUUUCUCCAUGUUUCCCUUUAACAAAUACCUCAGCAAGCUCACAAACCCUAUCGGACACCUCGAAUAUUUCGCUGGUAUUGCUCGAUCGAUGAUAGAGAGCCGAAAAAGUGUUGGACACGUCGAAACUGGAAGACGCGACCUGCUGCAGUUGAUGCUGGAUGCUCACGAGGAAGAGCUAGCUGAGGGUCUCACAAGAUUAAGUGACGAAGAAUUGGCAGCUCAGUCGGUGAUAUUUUUGCUUGGAGGCUUUGAGACCACGGGUACUACCCUGUCAUGUGCGGCCCACGUGCUAGCGACAAGACCAGACAUACAGGAAAAGCUGAUACAAGAGAUAGAUAAAGCGCGCGAAAACAGGGAAAGUGAGUCUUUGUAUGAUUUUGUCCAAAAAAUCGAUUACCUUGAUCAGUUUAUUUCAGAAGUGCUUCGCAUCUAUAGCCCAGCCUUCAACCUCAUUCGGGAGUGCAAUGAGGAAGUUGUGAUCGCAGGGGUCCGCUUUCCCAAAGGAAUAGACGUGACUAUUCCAAACUACUCUCUCCAUCGCGAUCCAGAUUCAUGGGAGAAACCAGAGGAGUUCAAUCCAGGCCACUUCACAGCUGAGGCCAAGGCAAAGCGUCACCCUUACUCUUAUCUCCCGUUUGGUAUCGGACCUCGACAAUGCAUUGGAAUGCGCUUUGCUAUGAAUGAGAUCAAAAUUGGCUUGUUCAAUGUGCUUGAGAAAUUCAAAUUCGAAAAAGCACCGGAGACUGUUGAGAUCGAGGGGAGGGCGGUCCUCCUGAUGCGCCCAAAGGAUGACAUUACUCUCAGAAUUGUUGAGCGCUAAAGUUCCUUCCAAUAGACCCCCUCAAUGUGACGUCAAAGGAGCUCAAUUUCGAAGACAAAACAAAAUAUUUCUAAUCUCCUGAGAAUUGAAAACCURUUGUUUUGCCCUCCAAAUUGAACUCCUUUGACGUAACAUGCAAGGGGUAGUCUAUUUGUGGUUUAGAUUUCCCGAUCAAAUUUAAUCGUUAAUUUAAUCGUUUUUAUAUCGUUUACAAAACGGCACUACCGAACAGUAGUACRUGUCGACAAAUGACGAUAUCCUUUGAACCAAAAUCACAGCGCUCGAAAUCAUUGCUCCACCAAUGAUAAUGCUCAGACACGUCACGUAUCGUGACGUGUGGUCACGACACACUAACCAAAAAGCAAAUUUAUGAUUGUCAAUGAAUCUCAAGGUGCCGUGCCGUGCCAAGGAUGUAAAAAUUGAUUUUUGACAUUGCGAUUGGUUCAACAAAGAGUCGGUUCCGUGCCGUGACUUUUCACUGCCGUGAUAAGAAAUCAACUUCAUCUACUCCGUCACCAGUGCGGAAGAGUGAAGGUCAUUUAUUUUUUGUCUAAAUGCACUAACGAUUCGGCUCCAAAUAGGCAUGAUGACGCCAUAGUACUACCACUACCAAAAUGCUUAGCAAAUUCUCUUUGUUAUUCAAAUUUGUAUUUCCUUUUGAGAAUAGUAAGACAAUUGGUGCUUAACUUACAAUCAUAAAAAACUGAUCAGCAUGAGCAAUAUAUAUACCUUURCAUUUUUUGAAGGUAUGAGCUGUGGUUUCCUCAAGC